CCCCAACCCAAGCACAGUGAACACUAUGACAACUGCGAACAGCGACAGGACACCCGACAUUUCUGCCGCCGUCGGCGGGCAGAAGAACGUUGAGCAGCUGCACAAGACCAGCCGCGAUUUCAGGAGCGACACCUUCACGAUGCCCACGGACGCACAGCUCAUGGCGGCGUUGACAGCCUCGCGCGGCGACGAUGUCUACCACGAGGACAGCGACACGGCCGCCCUUGAAGCGCGUAUCGCCCGCAUGUGCGGCAAAGAAGCGUGUCUCUUCGGCGCCAGCGGGACCAUGACGAACCAGCUCGCAAUCCGGACACACAUGAAGCAGCCACCUCACAGCAUCAUCACGGACCACCGCGCGCACGUGCACAUGUUUGAGGCCGGCGGCAUUGCGCUGUUCUCACAGGCGACCACGCACGGCAUUGUUCCCGAGAACGGCAUCCACCUCACCGCCGAGGACGUGCGCGGCGCGCUCCAGCUUGGCAACAACAUCCACAUCGCGCCGACCAAGCUCGUGUGCCUCGAGAACACGCUCAGCGGCAUCGUGUUCCCCCAGGAUGAGGUUGAGCGUAUCUCGGACCUCGCUCGCGACCAUGGCAUCGGGAUGCACCUCGAUGGCGCGCGUCUGUGGAACGUCGCGGCGAAGGAGGUCGAAGCCCGCGGCCUCGAUGCUUCCAAGGAGGCCGAUGUCACUACCGUCCUCACCCACCUUCUUGAACCAUUCGACACCGCCUCUCUUUGCCUUAGCAAGGGUAUCGGCGCGCCGAUCGGCUCGGCCAUCGUGGGGCCAAAGGAGUUCAUCGAGCGAGCUCGCUGGUUCCGCAAGGCUUUCGGCGGCGGCUGGCGCCAGUCUGGCCCGCUCGCUGCUAUGGCCGACCACGCCCUUACCCACCACUUCCCCCGACUUGCGGGGACGCACGCCCUCGCGCGCCGCCUGGCCAACGGCCUCGAAGCGGCAGGCUUCGAAAUCGCGGCCCCCGUCGACACCAACAUGGUGUUUUUUGACGCGACGCCCCUUGGAUUGACCACGAAGCAGGUCGUCGACGCUCUCGCAGCCCACCCUGACCCGAUCACAAUUAGCGCCAACCGCUGUGUCCUGCACCACCAAACGUCGCCGCAGGCUGUCGACGACUUUAUCAAGGUCGUCACCCUUCUCGCCGAGGGGGUGCCUGUCGACAAGCGCUCACCUCGCGAAGUCGGUAACAUUCGCAAGAGCAUCCAAGUGCUCACUCCUCCGUCCGACCCCGUCCCGGAGAAGCCCCGCAAGCGCGUCAAGCUGGGCUACUAGACGCUGGGCGUGGCACCAAGAAGGGUGUCGGUGUAUAUAGACCGUAGAGUCCGGACAAGUCAUAAUCUGUACAACAUGUAUUCACUGCCUCAAAAAA